AUGUCGCCGACUACGAAUGACCCUCCGGGCAAUGGUGCAUCGAGAUCCGACGACGACCGGGGAAGCGACAACAGCCCGAACGCCGAAGGACCACCAGAGACCGCACCCCGACCGUCUGGUGGCAAUGCCAACGUCCCCAAGCCGAAGCGCCUGGCAUGUAUGAUCUGUAGGAAGAGGAAACUCAAGUGCGAUGGAAACAAGCCGAGUUGCAGCACAUGUACGCGCCUGGGACAUUCAUGUGCCUAUGACGAAGUAAGGAGGAAGAGUGGCCCGAAGAGAGGAUACGUUAAGGCUCUGGAGGAGCGAUUAAAGCAGGUUGAGUCGCUACUCAAGACCAGCGAUCCCGUUACCGCAAGUACAGAGACCAACAAAGCGCCCGCGAACUCGUUCGAGAACCGCAACCCUCCACUCCCUGCAACUGCCAAUUUCAACGUCUCUAACCCGUCAAUCAACAUCGCAAGUGACCGGGACAUGGACCGCUGGCAUUUCAACGGCGAGUCGCCGCCACCGCAGACGGCCAAUAUGGAGGAGUUCAACUUCGCCAGCAAUAUGCCCAUGCCGAUGGAGGGGAUGCCCAACAUGGCAAAUAAUUUCACGUGGGAGAUGAUUGGUCUAGGUCUGGAGGAACCUCUUCCACCUCAAGAGACAAUCGACGAGUUACACCAGAUAUACUUCGAGAAAGUCCAUCCAUCAUUACCCAUGAUCCACAAAUUCCGCUACUUGGCUGCGAUGAACUUAGCUCCAAACCAACGGCCCCCAGUUGCCCUACGCUAUGCGAUGUGGACUUUGGCGUGUGCAAUCACAGACAAGUACUCAGACCUAAAGGACCUGUUCUAUCAACGAGCCCGUAAGUAUGUCGAAGGCGACUACAUUAAAGGCUUCGGUGAACACAUGAUCUCUGUUGCUCAUUGUCAGACGCACGUGUUGUUGGCCUCAUAUGAGUUCAAGAUGAUGUAUUUCCCAAGGGCCUGGAUGAGCACGGGCUCCGCCGUACGCUUGGCGCAAAUGAUUGGACUGCAUAGGUUGGACGGCACAGGGCUCGACGUUAAGCAAUGCUUGCCACCGCCCCGAGACUGGACUGAGAGAGAAGAAAGACGACGGACCUUCUGGAUGGCGUUCUGUGAGGACCGAUAUGCUAGUAUAGGAACUGGAUGGCCGAUGACUGUCGACGAGAAAGAUAUCAUGACAAAUCUGCCCUCGACAGAAGAGGCCUUCGACAUGAGCCGGCCGGAGACCACGCUCACUCUGAACGAAGCCAUGAGCCCAGCUGGCGCAGGAAAGUUGUCGUCUUUUGGCGGCAUUGUGUUGAUGGCAUGUCUGUUCGGGCGGAACUUGAUCCAUCUGCACCGCCCCGAUGCUGAUGAUCGAGAUCACGAUCUAAAUGGCGAGUUCUGGAAGCGGCAUCGGAAUAUGGACAACAUCCUUCUGAACACGUCUCUUUGCCUCCCAAACCACCUCAAACUGCCGACUGGAAUCGGGAACCCGAACAUUGUUUUCACCAACAUGAACAUUCAUACGUCGACGAUCUGCCUCCAUCAAGCGGCAAUCUUCAAAGCUGACAAGAAUAAGUUGCCCGUCUCUGUUAGUGGCGAAAGCAAAGUGCGUUGCAUAACUGCGGCGAACGAGAUCGCCAGUAUCAUGCGGAUGGUGUCCCAUCUGGAUUUAUCCACUAUGAACCCUUUCAUCUCUUUCUGUCUAUACGUUGCUGCGCGAGUAUUUGUCCAGUUCCUGAAGAGCCGGCCAGAUGAUAGCCAGACGGUGGAUUCCCUGCGAUUCCUCUUAUCAGCGAUGAAUGCUCUGAAGCGGAAGAACCCCUUGACUGAGUCCUUCCUGGUUCAGCUUGACGUAGACUUGGAGGCUCUUGGAAUGAGAAUCCCCAAGCUCAAGUCUGUAUUCCCUAGAAGUGGAGAUAGCCCAUCUGUCAACCCAACAGUUGCAGCUAAGAUCAGGGCCCAGAACUUUGGUGCGGAGUCAUGUGAGAAGCGCAACGGCAUUCUCGCAUACAAGAACGAUUGCCAUUUCACGAAGUUGGUCGAUGACGAUGGAAAUCCCGCCACAGCUCCUGACCUGGUAACCCCAAGCGGGACUUCUGGUGCUCAAGCCCCCACUGGAUUUGACUCCUCAAAUCAAAGCUGGAUGACAGGGGAGCCACAAUCGCAUCAACUGCCCACUCGAGAGCGAAGUACUGGGCCGGAUGCAGCAUCUAGUGGCAUGCAUCCUUCCUUGUUUCAUAAUGCCCCAGCCAGUACUCGGUACACCCCCGGGUUUGUUGACUCUCAAAGCAGUGGCACGGCCGACAUGUCCGUCUCACCUCAUCCUGAGAGCGCGUCAAGCCGACCAACUCCUAACUCAAGUUCGGCGUCGGAAAACCGCAACGCAGCUUCGGGAGCACUGCCGAACUCGGGGCAGACGUCAUUCGAUGCCAGCCCUGUUGGGGGGCAGCAGCCGCUCGGCACCCAGGCUGAGCUGGAUGCUGCAACUGCUGCCUUCUUCUCUGAUGCCAACAACUUCAGCAUGCAGACCUCAGGGACUGGCAUGACCCCUGGGCGCUCGUUUGUCAUGCCGGAUUCGUCAGGCAAUGGGUACGGCCUGCCAGAGGGAUGGAACAUGAUGACACAACAGACGACUGGUAUGACCCCGGUAGCGGAGGGUGUGCUACGGCACCUGAUGGACAUGCCGCCAAUGGAUGCCAUGGAUUUGGGUUGGGACUCGGGGCAAUAG